AUGCCUAAAUACCAUGCUUGAAUUGAAAAUAAUAUAAAGAAAGGAACAGAGUCCAGACAGAACAAAACUCAAGCUACAUAAGCAAGCAGACACUUUCUUUCUUUCUUGCUUUCUAUCAUCAAGCCUUGUUUUUCACUCUUCCAUAUAUCACUUUCAUCCAAACUUCCCCAACCUCUUUCCUGUCUUCCUUUGAAGACAGAGCAGCCUUCACCUUCACAUCAAUGGAAAUAAGCUCAAGAGUCCAAGACAGAGAGAACCAAACUUUCAUGAAGUCUCCUAGAAGCAAUCUCAGAAACAGCAGCAAUAAUGGUAUCCAAAUCCCAACACCACCUCACACCCCAAACAACAUUCCCAGAUCUGACUCAAACCCUUACCCCACCACUUAUGUCCAAGCUGACACUUCCUCUUUCAAGCAAGUUGUUCAAAUGCUCACUGGCUCAUCAGAUACCACAAAACCAGCUCCAUGUUCCAAACUACACUUACAAGAUCCAGUUCCAUCAUCCAGAAACUUCAACAUCCCUCCCAUGAAGACAGCACCAAAGAAGCAGCAGCAGCAAGGGUUCAAGCUGUAUGAAAGGAGGAAUUACAACAACAGCCUGAAGAACACCCUCAUCAUCAACACAUUCAUGAAGCCUAAUUCUGCAGAGAUUUGUAGGUUCUCUCCCUCAAGUUCAGAGAUUCUCUCCCCUAGCCUUCUUGACUUCCCUUCCCUUGCUCUUAGCCCUGUCACUCCAUUGAAUGAUGACCCUUUUGACAAGUCCUCACCUUCACUUGGAAGCUCUUCAGAGGAGGAGAAGGCCAUAGCUGACAAGGGAUUCUAUCUACACCCAUCUCCCAUGUCAACUCCCAGAGGCUUUGAGCCACAGCUCUUACCUCUUUUUCCUGUGACUUCACCUAGAGUUACAGAGUCACCUUCUUGAGUAACAAAGCUAUGAUUUAGAGCACCAUCAUCAUCAUCAGGCUAUGAUUUAGAGAAUGAUUAUUGGGUUUUUGCAGUUUAUUUUCCAUCAACAGGUACAAAGCUUGCAAAAGUUGUAAACUUCCCUUAAUGACAAAGCCCUCUUUAUUUUC